AGAAGUAUUUGAGGAAGAUCCCCCUUGUCGAUCAUCGAUAAAGUGCCAAUCGAUUGGCACGUGAUCACGUGACUAAGUAAAUAAAUUUUCAGGUGUGCAAUACGACCGACUCAUUUUGGAUCAGAUCGUCAUCGCACAAAUGAUUAUGUCUAUGCUUAUACGCCGUCUAACUUCUCGGAAGAAGAAAAUGUUCAUCAUCAACGAAAAAGAUAUAGAAGUGAAAGGACGUUAUUUGGGGAAUGUACAAACAUCAUUGACGAAAGGGGAUGGUUGUGUCGAUAAACCUGCUGAUACGCUAUGGAAAAAUUACGUCCAAAACUCUCAAACCGCUGGCUUAGAAAUGACUCUAUCAGUAACCUCUUCGGGCUUAAAGGCACGGACGAAGGAACAAGGAUUAACUGAAUAUAGAAGCUAUAGGAUUUCCUAUUGUAUUGCCCAUCCGGAUUACCCUAGGUUAUUCAUUUGGGUCUAUAGACACGAUGGGAAAAAAAUGAAAGUCGAUUUAAGGUGUCACGCCUUUUUAUGUAAAACUGAAACUCAAGCUAAAGCUGUUGCAGUGGGCCUUCAUGCCAAAGUGCAGUCAGCUUUGAAAGAGUUCAAGAGGGAGAAAACAAGAAAACAGAAUGCUCGCAAAGCGGGAACUUCAUUAGCUAGAACAAAAUUCUUGCAUACUGGACAAAAUUUUAAACCCUCCGUCGAACAAACAAUGUGCGCACCUAAACAAAAUCCAAUAAUAGAAGAAGAAGAAGAAGAAGAAGAAGAGCAGCAGCAGCAAGAACAAGCAGAACAGGGAGAAAUUGAAGAAAUACAAAACGAAGAUGACGAAGACAACAUCCUAGUCAAUCCUAUAUUUGAGCUGGAAGUAGGAAAUGAUCUGAUUGCACUGCAAAAUGACGAAGCUGUUCGAAGGUUUAUGGAAGAAGGAGAAGAUAGUUCUGAAUCGGGGUUUAGUGAAGCUCAAACAGACUCUUCCUCUAAUAAUUCAACAGACUCAACUAAAGAUACACAUACUGUCUCGUAA